AUGUCGACGCUCCACCAAGGCAGAACUGAUAUCUUCUUUAAAUUACCCAUGUCUUUAUCAAACCCUGACAUUCUAUUUAACGCUCUGCCCGCCUGGUCAAAACUUCACCAGCUUCAUCCUUCCCUAAGUCUCACUGUGCAGGAAGGUGAAAAUUUGCACUUCGUCUUAAACACAGACAAUCUCUCCAGCGAUCCUCUUACCACCCUGAUUCACUCCUCUCACUCCCUCAUUUAUCAACAUGACGUUGACGUUGAUACUUGGAUGCGCAACUACCUCUGGAACGGCCCUAGACGUUACCUCGACCACGCUCACCUCGCCAGGUUGUUUAUCUUCCACAACACCCUCACUAACAACGUAGACCUCGUAAUCGCAACUGCACACUCUAUCUCUGACGGCACCUCCGUCGUCAGCCUCAUGCACGACUUCCUCCGUCUCCUCACGAGUGAUCUUCUCGACGAGUGCAAUGUUCGCGCCGACCUCCCGACAUUGGAAAAUUUUCACUCUUUCACUCCCCACAUCCACACCGUCGGCGAUCUCACCCCGCUCAAGGUCACAAAGGAAGACAUUCUAUCUGCCCUCCCUGAUGCGACGGAAGUGGGCUAUCCGCCGCUGCCUAACUACGCACCCAAACGCACAACUCCCCUCCCCCGCCUCAGAUGGUACUGGGCUAUUAGGCGGGUGGUGAGUCAGGUGCGGAGCGACAAGUUGGAUCGACUCACUACCCUUGAGUUCGUCGGUGGAUACUCUCCUCAACAGCAACAAUCUCUUCAGCCUCCCUGGGGUGCUCUGACCGAUUGGAUGCACUUCUCCCUCUCACGCGAGCAGACGGACGCCGUGGUGCGCUUCGCCAAGGCGUGUGCAGUAAAGAUAGGACCACUCCUCUUUGCAGCGACCUCGAUGGCUAUUGCGAAUGUGAACCACCGGCACAAGCAGCAGCACACGGGCGACACAUGUCUCGUAGGCUUCCCCUUCUCGUUGCGGCCCUAUCUACAAAGACGCACAGCGACGACGAGCAACGUAUCUGUCCAGCUCGGUUUCGGUGGGAUACAGCUACCGUCUACGCCGUGCACAAGUGAUUCACCCACCUUUAAAAGGCGUUUCGCACACCGCGCGCAAACCGCUCAAACCCAGUUUGUCAAUCUACUCACAUCCCCAACUCUUUUACAAGAUGCACACACCAUGGCGCUCUCCCGCGCUGCUCAUUUUGCACAGGGGGGUGAUGGGUGGAAGGCGGUGAAAGAGAAGGGUGACGAGACACAGCAUUCACAGCGAGGUAAAGGGACUGCUAUCAACGCGUCGAUGCUGGGUGUUAUGAAUGUUAAGCAGCUAUACCAGGCUACAGAUGGCGUCAUCAUGCUCGAUCAAUCUCCCUCACGAUCUGCCCUACUUGGCGUCCGCUGCCGCUCUAACGAACUCCUCCUAGAGACUUUCUCCCUCGGUGGCCAACUUACCGUUAGUCUUGGUAAGGAUGGUGUGCAGUGGGGUGAUGAGUGUGUGCGCGAAUAUCUUGAUGAAUUUGAGCGGAUUUUGAAGGCAUUUUGA